GGCGCCUUCCUAUGAGGUUGUCCAGGAAGACUAAUAGGGACCUGGACGUACUUCGUAGCAAAAGAAAAAAGGCAACCAAGUCAACGUACCCCCAUUUAUACCCAGGCACGCCGCUGGGCCCACGGAUAAUCCAACUGUCCCCGCGGGGAGUCCCCUCCGCUGCCCGCCAGUCCGUUCCCGACCCGCGGCAACUGUGCCCACGCCCACCUCCCCGCAGCCCUCUGGCCCAGACGGGCUUUGUGCACACAGCCUUCCACGCUGGUUACGGUCCCAUUCAACCCUGGGUCUCCCUCUUUACCUCGCUUCUUUCUUAUCCAGGCCAGGAACGAAAACUCCCGCCGUCCCCGCCUUCAAAGCCAAUCCAGCAAUCCCAGCGUGCUUUGCGCUUCCGCCGUACAAAAACAUGGCGGCGUUCAAGGCUCCUCCUUGAUCCCAGCAUGCACCGGGGAGCAGGCUCGGCCAUUCGGAUGGUAGGGAAGAUGGCAGCCUCUGGGGCGGAGCCGCAGAUCCUAGUACAAUAUUUGGUGUUACGAAAGGAUCUAUCGCAGGCUCCGUUCUCAUGGCCUGCGGGCGCUUUGGUAGCGCAGGCUUGUCACGCAGCUACAGCAGCCUUGCACCUUCACCGUGAUCACCCGCAUACCGCCACUUACCUCCGGGAGCUGGGGCGCAUGCGCAAAGUGGUCCUCGAGGCCCCAGAUGAGACCACCCUAAAGGAGCUGGCUGAGACCCUGCAACAGAAGCACAUUGACCACAUGCUGUGGCUUGAGCAGCCAGAGAAUAUUGCCACGUGCAUUGCUCUUCGGCCAUACCCCAAAGAGGAAGUGAGCCAGUAUUUGAAAAAGUUGCGGUUGUUCAAAUGACUGCUGCUUUGGUGCAUCUGGAUGUCAGCUGGCUCCAGAAGUGGAAUGUCAUCCGUCCCAAAGCAUCACAGAUUCCUUUCAAUGUUGAUUUGCUCUUCCCCUUCAGUUAUGAUUUCUGGAGAGUCAAACACAUUUUUAAUU